AUGUUGGCAACUUCCAUCUUGGAAGAACAUGAGCAAGCAGUUGGCGCCUCAAAAUCGUUCAAGCUCAAGAGCGCCAAGCUGCUUCAGCACAUGAAACGCCUGAGAAAGUCAAAGAAUGAAAGCUCAGCCAAAUUGUUGGAGGAUGAACACCUUCAAGCAGACGUGAAAAUAUCCUACAUCGAUGUUGGAUCUGAGAAUGACCAUCCAGUUCUCAACAUACAAGACUUUCUCAGGAUGCUGGGGCAGUGUGGGCAACUUGAUGUUCUCACAGGUGGUUUGGAUCUCUUCAAGGCCUGCCAAGAGUUUUGGCACCGUUAA